AAAUAUACGGUAAAUAUAAACGACAAAUAAAAACAAAAGAUCAGAAAAAAGUAUCAAAACAAAAUGUGGAAAAAGCUAUAUGCAGUGAACCAAACCGGUCGAAGAACUGCUAGCCUGGCAGAGCUGAGCUGUGCCGGGUUUCAAGCACAACGGCUGAUCAGCGGCUAUACCACAGCGACCGAGCAACAACUCAACUCGCUCAUGCACCGCAAUGCUCCGGAGCGCACAGACCCCGAAUGGCUGAAUGCAAAGGAAUAUAAAUCAAUACCUGGGCCGUCGAAAAUAGGAUUUUUCCUUAGUUUUCUACCGGGAGGUGAACUCCAUAAUUUAAAUUAUGUCGAUAUGAAUAAAAAACUACGCAAUAGAUAUGGUGAUCUUUUCCUCCUGAAGGGUAUGUUUGGUCGGCAUGACACCGUUUUCACUUAUAAUGCUGAGGAUUUCGAGAUGGUUUAUCGCAUCGAAGGCAUUUGGCCGAUACGUGAGGCAUUAAUGACCUUCGAUUAUUAUCGUAAAGUCAAGCGACCAGAUUUCUUUAAGGGCUGCAGCGGACUUGUAACAGAACAUGGCAGCAGUUGGGGGGAUAUGCGUACUAAAAUUAAUCCAGUUAUGAUGAAAUCGGCAAGCAUACGAAGUGCCCUGCCAGAACUGGACAGAAUCACUAUGGAAUUCGUAGAUAAGUUUGAAACGUGCCGAGAUCCCAUCACAGGUCUACUGAAAAUGGACUUAGAGUAUGAACUAAAAAUGUGGGCCUUUGAGUCGGUCUCCUACGUUGCAUUAAACAAACGUCUAAAUUUGAUUAAUGGAAAUGCUAGCAAAGAUGCGAUAACUUUAUCCCAGAUGAUGACUCUUUUUCUCAACCUAAGUGUUAAAUACGAUAUGACACCAUCACUGUGGAAGUAUUUUGAGACUCCCGGUUUCAAGAAAUUAAUGGACGCUUAUAACAACAUUACCGAGAUCACCUCGAAAUAUGUUGACGAAGCCAUAUGUCGCAUCGAAGCGGAAGGUGAAACGGAGCCGAAGAGCGUACUUGCGAAAUUGCUGGGUAUCGAUAAACAUUAUGCCGUAGUGAUGGCCAUAGAUAUGUUAACCUCCGGCAUGGAUACGACCGCAUCCACUUUCUUGACAGUACUAUAUCACAUUGCACGAAAUCCCGACAAACAGACGGCACUACGACGUGAACUCAUGGACGUAAUGCCCGAUCCAAAAACUCCGCUGACUCCUGAGAACACCAGGAAUUUGCCAUACUUACGGGCGUGCAUAAAAGAAGGGCAACGCAUUACGCCCAUCGCUCCAGGCAAUCUGCGCACUGUACCAAAAGAUGUUGUGCUUUCAGGUUAUCGCAUUCCCUGCGGCACCUCCAUUCACAUGGGCAAUAUGGCUCUAUGCAAUAGCGAAAAAUAUUAUCCACGAUUUAAGGAGUUCAUACCGGAACGUUGGCUAAAAUCGGGUGAAAAUGUUUGUCCUGAAUUGCGCAGCAGUAAUCCAUUUAUUUACGCACCUUUCGGUUUUGGGCCGCGUACGUGUGUCGGCAAGCGCGUUGCGGAAAUGGAAAUGGAAACGUGCUUGGCGCGUCUACUGCGGAUAUAUAAAGUGUCAUGGGCAUCGCCGGAGGAUAUGCAGUAUAUAAGUAAUUUAAUAAUGACACCAAAACCACCUUUGAAAUUCAGAUUUAUGCCACUCGAAGAGGCGGAUUGUGCAAUUGGUAGUUUAUCCUUAUAAUAAGCAAUGUUUUCUUAUUUUUAUCCAACCCAUAAGUGAUAAAGUAAUAAAAUAAUUAACAAUUUGAACACAA